AUGCCUGUUAUCGAUACGCGGCUUAUCCAGGAGGGAGUGGUGGAGGUUGGCCACCAGUUAAUGAAGAGAAGCGUUGACCAUACCGUGCUGGAGGCAUUGGCUGUCGUGGGGACGUCUAUUUUCGGAGCGAUCCGCUACCGAGCUCUCCUGCGUCCAGAGCACACCUAA